UGGAUAAGCCCCACAAGUGGCUUCCUUGUUCUAACCAAGAAGGCCCUAAGAAACCUCCAUUGAAAUUAAAAUUUUCCACCCUUUAUAAUCUCCAUUUUCACUCUUCAUUUUCCACUCAAUUCAAUUACCAACAAUAUUUUUCAAGAAAAAAAAUGGAUUCUUCUUCACUAGAAAUGAUAAGACAACAUCUUCUUGAUGAUGUUGUUUUCAUGGAAACUUGUUCUUCUUCUUCUUCUUCUUCAUUAGAAACAACAAGUAGUACACUUUAUUCUCAAACCUCAUCGAAUUCGGAAUCUUUAGAAUCAUUAACCUCUGAGAUCAAACUUGAAAGCAAUUUCUCUGUUUAUCCUGAUUUCAUCAAUACACCUCAAAGUUCAAAUCUUGAAUCUGUCUCUCGUUUUUUCGAUAACUCAACUAUUGAAUUCCAAGCUAAACCCCAAAAGAAAAGAAGUUUCAAUGAUCGAAAACCUUCGUUAAACAUUUCGAUUCCUUCUGUUAAGAAAACAGAGGAACCAAAAACAGGGGAAGUAAAAACAGGGGAACCAAAAACAGAGGAGCCAAAAACAGGGGAAGUGAAAACAGAGUACUCUGUUAAGGAGAAAAUGGUAGAAAAUUCGGAGAAAAAGCGAUACAGAGGAGUGAGACAAAGGCCAUGGGGGAAAUUUGCAGCGGAGAUUCGUGACCCAACUAGAAAGGGGACACGAGUUUGGUUAGGAACAUUCGAUACUGCAAUGGAUGCAGCCAUGGCAUAUGACAGAGCAGCAUUUAGGCUCAGAGGGAGUAAAGCAAUCUUGAAUUUUCCACUUGAGGUAAGCAAUUUCAAGCAAGAAAAUCAUGAGAUUGAGAAAAAUGUUGUGAAUUUGAAUUCGAAUACGAAUUCUUGUGGGAAAAGGGUGAGAGGGGAAAUGGAGAAUGAUGACGGAAUUGUAAUGAAGAAAGAGGUGAAAAGAGAACAAAUGGUGGCAACUCCAUUAACACCUUCAAAUUGGUCUUCAAUUUGGGAUUGUGGAAAUGGAAAAGGUAUUUUUGAAGUGCCACCUUUGUCACCAUUAUCACCACAUUCAAAUUUUGGUUAUUCUCAACUUUUGGUAUCAUAGUGAAAUCCCCAAAAGAAUCCACUUGAGUAUGUUAUGGAAUAUUAUAUAGCGGAACUAUACUGCCAUCACGAUCCACUGAGAUUUAGUCUUUUGUUAUGUUGAGAGUUUCUAAAAUGUUAUGGCAGAACUAUAUUACUGUCACAAUCCACUGAGAUUUAGACCUUUAUUGUGUCGAUCCACUGAAAUUUAGUCGAGAGUUUCUAAAAUGAAAUAUUUUGAACAAGUAUGAAGUGAUUUCAAGUUGUAAUAAGGAAUUUACCUCUUGGAAAUUUUGGAUAAAAAUAGCACAUGUACAAAUGAAGAAACAUGGAAUGAUGGAGGGAGAAUGGAAGUGUUUUGAAUCAUGGAUAUUUUUAAUUAUUUUUUGAUUUCAUUGAUUAAGCUUUUUUUUUCCAUGUAAAUAUGAAUUUUAAUUUGGU